AUGCGGCCUCAUAAUGGCCCUGCGUCCAUGGCACCCUCAAAUCAAUCAUUGCCUAACCUUGAUCCUCAGGUCAUCGAAUAUCUUGUCAAGAAAGGCUACAACCGAACUGAGCAGAUGCUUCGACAAGAAUCGUCAAAUUUAGACAAGGAUGGGAAGCCUAUUCCUGAGCGAGUUGAGGAUCUAGGAACGCAGAAGUACACAAAAGCCUUUCAACUUCUUAGCAAUUGGGUAGAUUCGAAUCUCGACAUUUACAAGUUUGAGCUCAAGAAACUCCUGUGGCCGGUGUUCAUCUACUCUUUCCUGGACAUGAUAACCUACGGAUUCACAAUAGAUGCCGAAGCCUUUUUGCAUGAUUUCGGACCUCGAUUUGAAAAGUUCCACCACGAGGAUCUUCAACUUCUGGAAACUCUCAAAUUAAAAUCACACAUUGACGAAAACCCUACAGCGAAGUUAUAUCGCUCGCAGAAGUAUAAAGUGCCUCUCAACAAUAACGUGUAUCAAGCCCUCAUAACGUUUCUUGAAGCCAACAGCAAAACCGGUGGAACGGUGCUUCUAAAUAUCCUCGUCGCCUACCUUGAAAUUAAGACAACCGAGCGUGGCAAUCUAGAUCAGUAUAGUUUCGAGGCUAUUGUAAGCCGAUCUGAAGAUACAGCCAACGAUGAAGCCGAUCAAGAAGGCAUUCCAGGCACCUUUAUCGGAGUAACAAAUAAAGAUAUCAUCAACAAUGCGGCUGUCCUCAAAUUAGGGUUCACGCCAAUGGACCCCGAUCUCGCUGCUGAUCUCCGGGCCGAACUUGAGGAUGAGGAUAUUCGAAAUCCCCCAAAGCCCGGGGUACCAACAUUAAUCGAGGAACAUGAACGGCGAAUUAAACGCGAAGAAAGCGUUGAAGGGCCGAAGGCCAGCGAGAUACCAUAUCCGCCAUCCCGUGCGAGAGAUCUCAAAAUGGAGAUUUUGAAGAUCAAGGAAUCUAGGGACCGAUUCACGAUUGACACGCGUACAGGAGGUAUCGGUGCUGGCAUAUCGAUAUGUAUGUGGACAUUCCACAACACACUGGACACUGUCACAUGCAUAGAGUUUUCGGGCGAUAACAAUCUCGUGGCUGUCGGAACGGAAGAGUCCUAUAUACGGCUAUGGACGAUGGACGGUAGUAUUCUUGAAUCAACUAUCCCAUCAGCAAACAGCGCGACACCAACAAACUCUCGGCGACUCAUUGGUCACGCGGGUCCUGUUUACAGUCUUUCAUUCUCUCCGGGUAUCGCGAGUGCGCCCGGUGAUAUAUCAGGCCCAUCCACCACGUCGAAACUACUCCUCUCUUCCUCCUCGGACAAAACGGUGCGUCUAUGGUCGUUGGAAACUUUCACUUGUCUGGUCGUCUACAAAGGCCAUGAAGGACCAGUUUGGAACGUGAAAUGGGGACCUUUUGGACACUACUUUGCGACCUGCGGUUGGGACAGGACUGUUCGUGUUUGGGCGCAAGAUCAUAUCUCAUUCCUUCGAAUGAUGGUGGGUCACGAUACGAGCGUGAACCAAGUUGCAUGGCAUCCCAACGGCGCAUACGUCUUCUCAGCAAGCGACACCUCUGACAAAACCGUCCGUAUGUGGUCCUUUGUAACCGGCGAAUGUGUACGAGUCUUUACUGGCCACACAGAAUUUAUUUCAGCUCUCGAAUGUAGUCCUGAUGGAAAGAUUCUUGCUUCAGCUGAUGGAUCCGGAUGCAUCAUUCUUUGGGAUCUAGCAAAAGGUACACAGAUCAAGCGCUGCCGUGGUCACGCAAAGGGUGGAGUAUGGUCACUGUCCUUCAGUGUUGAUUCUGACUGCUUGAUAUCUGGUGGAGCAGAUGGAACAGUCCGGAUCUGGGAGGUUAAGGUUCCUGAUGAUCCUUACAAAGAUGGAGGUGGUGAAAUUGUUGGAACUGGGGGUCAGGCCGAUGCCACUCGUAUCAAUGGUGGCCCAGCUACUGGAUCUCAGACGAAUACAACUUCUGGUGCGGGAGGAAAGAAAAAGGGAAAAGAGACGAUGAUCACAGCGGAUCAGAUCAGCGCCUACCCAACAAAGAAGUCGCCAGUAUACAAGGUCAAGUUCACGCAGAUGAACUGUGGUAUCGCUGGAGGGGUCUAUUUACCAUAA